AUGUCGGAUGACGAUCUGGACGCGCAGCUCCUCGCGCUGGCCGCUGAUUCUCCCGACGCGGAAGGCGAACCCGCUGAUGAUAUUGUGUUACCUCCCGUCAUAGAAACCGGAGGUUCUUCUUCACCGCCUCCACAGACCGAACAAUUGAAACCAUCGGAAUCACCGAAUGGUCAACGAGGUGUGGCGACGAAGAAGGUUCCAACACAGAAUAAGGCGGCAAGGCGACAAAGUCAGGCAGAAGACCUGGAGUCGGAAGAAGAUGGAGAGGCAUCCUCGCCUGCACCAUCUCACAACUCACUCGGUUCGGGUGAUAUGAUCGAAUCUGAUUCCGAAGCCAUCAUCGACGAUCUAGACGACGACCUUGAGACAGAUAAACUUGUUUUCCCACUUGAAGGUAAAUAUCUCCACGAGAAAGACAAAGCCAUGAUUGAGGGACUCCCGGAAAUCGUGCGCGAGCAGAUCCUCGCCGAGCGAGCGGCGGAGGUCGAUCGGAAGACCCAGGACAUGCAGCUCCGCCGCCUCCUGCAACGCCGACGCGGCGAAGAAGCUCAACAGGCCGAGAAGAAGAAACGCAAGGCCGCCACCGCGGAAUUGGAAGAGGGUCCUCGUAAGAGCUCCCGAGCGAAGACCAAGGCGAGCGAGUCGCUGGAGAGCUACAAGCGUCAACGCGAACUUCGAAACCAACAACGUCGAACCGAUCAAGACCGUCGCGUCCGAGACCCCUCGCGAUCUCGCGAAUCUUCCGAACGGGAUGCCGAUGGCGAAAGUGACGUCGAAUGGGACUCGGGUGUUCGAACGGUCACCAGUGCACCGCAGCCGGAACUCAAGGAUUUCGAGAGGAUCCGUGUUGGUCGAUCCAACUUUGCCAAAGUGUGUUUCUAUCCCGGAUUCGAUGAGGCCAUCGCCGGUUGCUUCUGUCGCGUCAACGUGGGCCUUGAUCCUGUCACCCGCCAGAAUGUCUAUCGGAUGGCUCAGAUCAAAGGAUUCUCCACAGGCAAGCCGUACAAGAUGGAAGGUCCUACUGGUCCUUUCAUGACCGAUCAAAUGGCAAUCCUUACCUACGGGAAAUCGGACAAGUCGUGGCCCUUCGUGUCUUGCUCCGAUUCCAAGUUCACCGAAGUUGAAUACCAACGUUGGCUGCGAGUCUGCGAAGCCGAAGGGGCCAAGAUCCCCAAGCUCUCCUACCUUGAAGCGCGUUGCGACGGCAUCCACAAACUCCUCAACCACACCUGGACCGACUCUGAAAUCAACGAGAAGAUCCGCCGCCAGGACAAAUACGACAUCAACGAAUACGACAAGUCCGCGCGCAACGGCGCCACUAAAGUCGACCGCCUCGCCGCGAUCAACGAACGCAACCGCAAAGCCAACGCCGAGGAAGUCCGCCGCGCUCUCGUCCACCAACGCAAACGCGAACUCGCCGCUCGCGAAGUCGCCGGCACGAAAGCGAAGGCCAAGGAAGAGGAGCAGAAGGCGUUGCUAGAGAAGGAGCAGCGGGAGAAGAAGGGGGGGUUGCUGGCGCCCAAGGACGAGCUCUUCGGGGACGGGAGCGAUGUUAGCCGCACGGCCACUCCCGCAGCGCGGUCAGGUGCGAGCACGCCGGCGCCGAAGAAGGAGCGAAAGGGAUUACCCGGGUUCGCGAGGGUGAAGAUGGACGAUGAGAUUAUCGGGGAGUUGGACUUUGGGAUUGAUGUGGAUAUCUGA